AUGCCGUGUCAUGAUUGGAGUUUAACUGGUCUCAUAGGCGCAUUUCUGAAUCUCUCCAUAACCUUUCUGCUUCUAUGUACAUCUCUUUUCAUACAUGUCGUGUUGAGAUCUCUAGGGUUUCUAGGUUUCUCUCUUCCUAGAUUUUACAACGGACGUUUCGGUAAUCCAAACAUGUGCAUUGAAGGGGAUCUGGUGGCUAGUGCAUCUGAGAGAAUCUCAUCCGUAGAUAGAUUGAUCAAAAACAAGAUCCCUUUUGGGUCAAUCACUAGUGAUAGCGACGAUGAUUCGAAACGGUUUGUUGAAAUGAAGCUGGUGAGAAAGAACAGUGGCGAUGUAAGCAAUGCUAGAGUUAAGGAUGAAACAGAGGAGGAUGCAUCAAGAUCAAAUGAACGGAACGUGAGUAAUCUAAUGACCGUUCAGGGCGAGAAAGGUAAGCGUUUUGUCACCCGAAGACCAAGAAAAGGUCUUAAGAACCCUAGGAGAUGCCGUGUGGAUUACGGAAGUCUUGGUUCGGUUUCUUCAUCAGAUGCUUUCGAUGAGACCGUAAAACAUUCUUUGAUGCAGCCUUAUGAUCAUGUCUUUACCAGACGUUCUAAUGAUGACCAUAAUGAUAUAAAGACAAAAGAGAGGAUUGGUCUGUCUCAUUGGCCGGUACUUGAAAAAACUGUCUCACUUGAUGAACAAGUAAACUCCAACUCAUCAGCAAACCUAUCUUUUGUUAGAAAUGUAGAGGAUAAAACUGUAAAGGAAUUAGAGGAGGCAUUGAAGCAAGAGCAAGCUGCUCGAGCAGCUAUUUCUGUUGAGCUAGAUAAAGAGAGAAGCGCAGCAGCAUCAGCAGCUGAUGAAGCCAUGGCGAUGAUACAUAGGCUGCAAGACGAGAAGGCAGCGAUAGAAAUGGAAGCGAUGCAGUUCCAGAGAAUGGUUGAGGAGAAAUCUACGUUCGAUGCUGAAGAGAUGGUCAUACUCAAAGACAUUUUGAUAAGGCGUGAGAGGGAAAAACAUUUCUUGGAGAAAGAAGUUGAAGCUUAUAGAGAUUUACUCACUGAGGCAGAGGAAUCUGAAUGUUCUUUACCAAAAGAGAACCAAAAACAAGAACCUGAGAGGAGAGCUUUGCUUGUUCAAGAACAUGAUGGAACGGUUCAUGAGAUGCCUUAUAGAGAAGCUAAGAAUAGAUAUUUGUAUACAUCGGAUUCAGAAGUUGCGUACUCACGUGUGCGUGAUGUUUACAUGGUGAAGGACGAGACAAAGAACGUGGGAAGGAAGAAGAAUUUAGAAGAAUCCUCUGUUAACAAUGGUAUCAUUGUCUCGGGGAUAGCUCGGAAGCUUCCUCCACUAUGUCGUCCACGGAGACAGUCACUAAGCUCUUCUGGUUCAAGGAGGAAGUCGAUGUCUGCGGUUGAUUAUGAGAGGUUGAAGAUUGAGAAUGAAGUGGAGUUGUUGAGAGAAAGAUUGAAAGUUGUUCAAGAGGAAAGAAAGGAGCUUACAAGACGAGCAUCUUUGCCUCCUUUAUCAUCAAAGGUUAGGGUUACGUCAAAGAAUCGAGGUUUGAGAAGAUCUUCCAUGGACCUUCACUCUUCUUGA